AUGCAUGCGUUUUUCGUAUUACUUUUCUUGUCGAUUCUUGAGACUGCGUUUUCACAAACAAACUUAGAGGUUGGUGGUAUCAGAGCUGUACGCCUGGCUGCCGGGACAAGUAUUUAUCCAGAAAAACGCGAUGGUGUUUUAGAGGUUAAUUACAAUGGAACUUGGGGGACGAUUUGCAAUAUCGGCUUUGACGAGUUGGCAGCAUCGGUUGCAUGUUUCAUGCUUGGAUUUCCGCCUCGUGGUGUACCUAUAAUGAAUAGCCAACGACAAAGCCCUAGUUCCGCACCUUUGCUAUCUGAAUUUAACUGUACUGGAAGAGUAGUACUGCCUUCAAGCUCGCCAAGUACUGCGACUGUUCACUUGGGUGUCUGCUCUUUCUCCAAUGAGCUUCCUUCUGUAUGCAAGACGACCAAUAGACAGACGUCUAUUGUUUGUUUGGACCCCGCUGAAAUGGCGACCACAACCACACCUGUUCCAAACUAUAUGACUCUAGCUCCCGUCAACUGUAGUUUUCCUGCCUAUUCAUCAAUACGUUUAGUCGAUGGGACAAGUAAUGCUGGUCGUGUUGAAGUGAAACAUCCAGAAACUAAUAUAUGGGGUACUAUAUGCGCUGAUGGCUUCGAUGUUAAUGCAGCACGUGCUCUAUGCCGAAUGUUGUGUACAAGUUCUGAUAAUCUUCAGUAUGCUUAUCCAGUAUUAUAUCAAUAUGGUAGUGCGCCUGACUCUACGCCAAUUCAUUUAUCACGUCUUCAAUGUCCAGCAGAUGCACAAAAUUUAAAUGAUUGUAAAUUAGGCGGUGGCUGGGGUUAUACACCUGGUUGUACACAUGGUAUGGAUAUUGGAUUACAAUGUGGUCCACGAGCGAAUGUCGAGUAUCAAGAUAUUUAUCGUCCACAGUUUACCUGUAAUCAGACAACUGCUACAGUUAUGUAUGACAGAAGUUUAAAUCAUGAUUUAAAUUCCAGUAUGGUUCUGUUAGAUGAGAAACCAGUCCCAGCAGAUUGUCAAUAUCAUGUUGAAGAGAAUACUACGCAUGUGACAGCAUUUGUACCACUUGUUGGUUGUGGUGGGAGCAUAACUCUGAGUAAUAGAACAUCGCUUGCAAUUAAAUUGAAUUUGAUUCGUAUAUAUUUAACACCAGAUAAUGGUAUUAUAUCAAAUUUACCAGUGAAAUUCACCGUGACCUGUUUAAUACCAAGAUCGAAUCAAAUUCAUUCAGAGGCAUUUGCUUCACCAAAUAUUACCUCAAGUUUGUUGAGUCGCAGUGAGGGAAUUUCUUCAUUAUUGAAAUUAUAUCGGGAUCAACUAUUUACAGUUCAACUGAAUCAACCAAUCACUAUUCCACCAGGUGAAAGAGUUCAUGCCCUCGUGUCAUUGGUCAAUCCUCAAAAGACAAGUAAAUUAAUAUUAGAAGAUUGUUGGGCAACUGCAACACCAAAUCGUAAUUCAACACCAAGACAAGAUUUAAUUGUUAAUAAAUGUGUUGCAUUCCAAGAUCUUCUAGUAGUACCAUCAUCACCGACACAAGUUGGCUUUACAUUUGAUGCAUUUUAUUUGAAUACAGCUGGAACAGUUGUCCCGAUUGUCUCCAAUCUCUACUUACAUUGUGAUACACGUGUUUGUGAUAUCAGAGAGACAAGUGAACAUUGUCAACAAUUUUGUCGUUCACCAACAAUACUCACUUCGACAACAACAACAACGGCGACCUCAACGUUGAUAACAACACCAGGGGAUAACAGUAGCAGUGGGGCUAGCAGUAGUAUUACUAAUAAUGAUAUUGUCAAUAGUAAUAUAACAACAUUAAGAACAACACUAGAAACUGAUAACACCACUACUAGUCUGUUGAGACGAUACAAACGUGAUGGAAGUUUAAUUAAUCCAAAGAUUAUGCAUCCACACGGUCGUGACAAUAAUGAUUCAAGAGUAUCGUCACAGAUUUAUCUCAAACAGAUUGCUGUUACAAAAACACUCAAUGUAUCAUUUAGUGUGAACAAAUGA